AUGACUGAAUGGAACAUUGAUCAAUCAGUUGCAGAGACAAUGGCGGCAGCGUUACAGAGCUCAGUGAAGAGAGUGAGGACAAUGGGCAGCACUUCAGAGUCUUCUUCUUCUUCCUUUAAGGAUGCAUUUGGAAAUUACGCUGAUUAUCUUAAUAACCUCAAUGAAAAACGCGAAAGAGUGAUAAAAGCGAGUCGGGAUAUCACUGUGAACAGCAAAAAGGUCAUAUUUCAAGUUCAUAGAAUCAGCAAGGACAACAGAGAGGAAGUUCUUGACAAGGCAGAAAAGGAUUUAGCUGCUGUGACAGAAAAGUAUAUGUCCAAGUUGGUGAAAGAACUGCAAGGGACCGAUUUUUGGAAGCUAAGACGAGCAUACUCUCCUGGGGUACAAGAAUAUGUUGAAGCUGCAACUUUCUGUAAAUUCUGCAGAACUGGGACUCUUUUGAAUCUGGAUGAUAUAAAUGCUACUUUGUUGCCGCUAAGUGAUCCAUCUGUUGAGCCCUUGCAAAUAAAUGUCCUUGACUAUCUGCUGGGGCUUGCAGAUUUGACCGGAGAGCUGAUGCGGUUGGCAAUCGGACGAAUAUCAGAUCGUGAGCUUGAAUAUGCUGAGGAGAUAUGUCAGUUUGUACGUGAUAUCUACAGGGAGCUGACCCUUAUUGUCCCACAUAUGGAUGAUAGUUCUGACAUGAAACUGAAGAUGGACACAAUGCUCCAAAGUGUGGUGAAAAUAGAGAACGCUUGCUUUAGUGCCCAUGUGAGAGGAUCAGAAUAUAUGUCACUGCCGGGAUCCAGUGAGCCAAGUUCGUUUUUGCUGGGCCUAUCUGAUGCCGGUUCUCUGUUUGGAAACACAGAGAAGAGAUGUUUUUCCCCUUUAUUGCCAGCAGAAAGAUUUUGGACCACUUACAGGGGCAAGUUUGUCCAUGUGACUCCUUCCUCCGCCUUGCUGCAGGUAACUGUGCUACCAAUGCUUGGAUUUGAAGGCAGUGAAAGCGUUCAAAAGGCAAUUUUGGAAUGGGAACAGUUCGCUGUAGUUGCUUGUUAA